AUGGCAAUUGAUAUUUGUGUUGAUCAUCCUAGUGCCUUUUGGAAUCGGAAAAAGCAUAUUGUAACUCUUCCAUAUGAAGAUGACUUCUCAGAGGAAAAUAUCCCUACCAAAUCACGUCCUUGUCAGAUGAAUACCGAAUUGGUUGAAUUCUGCAAAAAGAAAAUUGAUAAUUUAUUACAAAAAGGUUUGAUAAAGCCUUCCAAAUCACCAUGGUUGUGUACUGCUUUUUAUGUUAAUAACGCAACAGAAAAAGAACGAGGCGUUCCCAGGAUGGAUCCUCCUUGGGUAACCAAGGCUAGAGGAAGGGGCAGCUAUACUCGAGGAAGGGGAAGAUCAUCCUCCUCAAAAUCAUCAGGAUCGUCAUACGGAUCCUCAUCCAGCUCUCCAAUUAUACAAAGGGGAGAAAUGAGCUUGGUAAAACUAACAAGCUCUUCAAAAGAAGUUACUUCUUCGAUACAUAUGGAUGAUAUUCCAGAAAAUAAUCCAUUAUACGCCCAACUGAGAGCAUAUUUAUCUCAAAAGCAAAGUGAUACUUUUGCAUCGGUGGCGAAAGAAGAGGUUGAUGAUAUUAAAUCCUACGAAAGGGUAGUAAAGAAAGAAAUGAUAUUUCUUAUUGAAAACUCUGAGAUAUAG